AUGGCAAAGCAAUCUCAAAGUGAAAUCGAUCAAAUGAUUCAAAGAUCUCAAUGUAUAAAUCGUGAUUUGGUUCGUCGAGAUAUAAUUCAAGUAUUUCAAUCAUAUCAAUGUAAUUUAAUAUUAAAAUUAAAUCGAUAUAAUUUAAAUAAAGGAAAUUCUAAAGAAUAUCUUUGUUUAUGUGGAACAGUUUUAUGUGAAUAUAAAGGAAAUCGAUAUAAUAUUCCAAUUGAAAUAAAUCUUAAUGAAAAUCAUCCAUAUAAAUCGCCAAUAGCUCAAGUUAAACCAACAUCAAAUAUGUUUAUUUCUUCAACUAAUAAAGAUGUUCAAUCAGAUGGAACAAUUACAAUUAAUUAUUUGAAAACAUGGCGUCAUCCAACUAGUGAUUUAUCAAAUUUAAUAAAUGCGAUGUCUCAAUCUUUUAGUUUAUCACCUCCAGUUUAUUCAAUUUCAAAUAUUAAUCAACCAACAACACCAUAUCCAACAAAUAUUUCAUCAAUGCCAAUGCCAAUGGGAAUGAUAUCAUCAUAUUCACAUUCGAAUAUAUAUUCAGGAAUAGACAGAGGAAAUCAAGGAGAAAUUUCACAAGAUAUUUAUCAUCAAUCACUUAAAACAGCUGUUUUAGACAAAAUUCGAAAUCGAUUAAAUGAAUUAAAAGAUAUUGAAAAAGUAGAAAUUGAUUCUUUAAAACAAACUGAACAAUAUUUAAAUGAUGGAGAAAAAAAACUUCAAUCAUUAAUUAAUCAAAUUCAACAAAAACAAAUUCAAACUAAAAAUUAUAUAACUAGUUUACAAAAUAAAACAAAUCAAAUAUCACAAAAAUCUUUUGUAAAAAAAGAUAAUUCAAUUGAAAAUGAUGCUAUCAUUUUUCCAGCACCUAUUUAUAAAAAACUUUUUCAAAUUUUUGCUGAAGAACAUGCUAUUCAAGAUUUAUUAUAUUAUCUUACUGAUGGACUUCGAAAACGAUCUAUUUCUUUAGACAAUUAUUUAAAACAUAUUAGAGAACUUUCACGAAAACAAUUUAUUUUAAGAGCUACUAUGAUCAAAUGUCGACAAGUUGCUGGAUUACCUAUUAAAUAA